AUGAGUUCGACCGGAAAAUUUACGUUGUCCGGAGAUGCGAGUUCGAAGAAACACAGUGAGCCUUCCGGCCUCUCGGUUGGCGAUCCCCAUUCGAAGAAAUCCAAAGGCGAUGUGUCUGCCUCUUCUCCCGGUCUGAGCAAGCCCAUCGACACGACAUGGGACUCUCCCGGCGUCUCCACCGGCGUAUCUAACUCGAAGAAACCUGAUGUUGAAAGGGCAAAGACAAGUGUAUCCUCCGGCGUUAGAGGCAAGUCCGCUGUUUCUUCUGACGUCAGGGGUAAAGCCAUUGUCUCCGCCAACGUUGUGGAAGUGAUGUUCUUCAAAGAUGUGAAAUUCGGUCCUCAUGAAGGCGAGGUUAGGUUUCGGUUGAUCCACUUUUGGGAAGCUCGGAAUGUUCUGAAGAAAAUUCUUCUCGGACUCGAGAUGCUUCUCAUUGACGAAGAGGGAACUGUUAUCCAGGGCUUCAUCCCAUCUGCAAGGAUCGAUACUUAUUUGCCACACAUGAAAGCGGGUGGCAUUUACAGACUCAACAAUUUUUUUGGGUCUAAGAAUAAGACUCUGUACCGAGUAGCUGAGCCGAGUGUCACUCUCACCUUCUCAUCGACAUCUGCUCUGUCUGUUCUGGAUAACAGUCCAGUGUGUUUCCCUGAUGACCGUUUCCGGUUCUAUGGAUAUGAAGAAUUUGACGCUGCCUGUGACUUGAAAGGAGAUCUCUAUGACUAUGUAGGCCACAUCAAACUUGUGAAUGGUGAGGUUCCCCAUGAGAGUCUUGUGCUGGAUGAAUCCGAGAUAGCUUCAACCCGCCGCGUUUUGCUUCAUGUUCAAACACAUGAUGGCCCCGUGAUGAAGCUAUACCUAUGGGACAAAGCUGCUUUGGACUUCUGUGAAAAAUUAAAAGCAACUGGAGGAACUGCAAAAAUGAGCGUAGCCUCUUCAUCUCAUUUAGCCAAGAAUUUUGAUCUGUAUUACAUCGUUGGAACUGGUAUAGGUGCCCUAACUCUAUCUUCCAUGACUUCAUCACGGGUAUUUAUGGACAGUGAUGUCCAAGCAACCCGAGAGUAUCUCAAUUGGUUGAUCUCAAACUCGGAUGUCGCGAACAGAGUUGAUGCAGACGUUGUCACUAAAACUGAAACUGUGACCAUAGGCGAACUCUUUUCCUAUAUGAAGCAAGCAGCUGCCAAGGUUGCUUGGUUUGAGUGUACAGCGACAGUUGCUGAUGUUGUGCACGGUUCAAGCUGGUAUUACAUAGGAUGCGGUGUGUGCCACACUAAGGCAACCAAAGGGCCUACCACCCUUAUGUGUAAGAAGUGUGGGAAAAGCACUAUUGUCGGUGUUCCACAGUUUCUAGCCAAGAUUUCUGUGUACGAUGAGAGUGACCAGGCUUUUUUUGUUCUCCUUGGUGAUGCUGGUCAAGAGUUGACUGGAAAGAAGGCAGCUGAAUUGGUUGAGAGCUAUUUCGAGGCCAAUGAGAGUGUAGGAGAUGAUCACAUGGUUCCAGUUCCUCAAGCGCUGUCUGAUACUAUAGGACAGACUCGCAAGUUCAUUGUGAAGGUAUCAAGUCACAAUUUGGAUGGCAAGACCCAGACUUUGACUGUGACAAAGGUGCUCCAGUCGGAAGCUCCAGAAGUUGAAGGCGAGUUGGAGGAAGAUGUGAUUGUCACAGCCGCCCAGAAAACUUUGGAUGAUGGAGGUGCUGAAGAUGAUCCUUCCAUGGACUCUAAUGUUGAGAAGGUCAAAAGAGCUGCUGAAAAUGAUGAAGCAGAGAAUCCUAAGCGAGCCAAAUGUGGGUAG